CUCUGAAACAUUUAAGCCAGGGACACACAGCUUCAGGAGAUUUGUUCUGUGUCCAACAGUUCAUUGUACAUGCGAAGCAAUGAAUUUAUUUAAUGAAAUACACAAGGUGUGUUUAGAUCUUUGAAGGAGCUGAGUCUCUAAAAGUAGACAACUCUGUGAACUGGGGUGGUUGUUCUAGAAAAAUAAAAAUUGCAGCAUAAAGGCAGAUUGUUCAGCCCAUUGCAGGAAGAACCACUGAGAUUCAACAAUGCUCCAAGCAAUUGGGCAACAGGUUACAAUCCCACGAGGCAAAGAUGGCUUUGGCUUCACAAUUUGCUGCGAUGCUCCUGUUCGUGUGCAAGCAGUGGACCCAGGUGGCCCAGCUGAUCAAGCAGGGUUGCAGUCGUUAGAUACCCUAUUACAGCUGAAUGGACAGCAUGUGGAACAGUGGAAAUGUGUGGAGCUGGCUCAUGCUAUAAGAAACUGUCACAGCCAGAUCAUUGUUUUAAUCUGGCGCCUUGUUCCUCGGUUGAAACCCAGCUUUGAACGCAUGAUUAGAAAACCAUCUUACAAAUCAAAUUAUGAUUUGCAGUCUCCACCCAACAAACGUGAAAAGAACUGUAGUACGCCAUCAAGUUCUGUGGACCACAGAGAAAGUUGCCAUAUUGUGUAUGAUGGUACCGAUGGGGUUGUACUGAACAGCUGGGAGCGACGUCAAGAGUUUGACAAGUGUCCACAAAGCGGGCCUAUGGUGUCAAAUGUUGGGUCUGAGGGAGACAAUUUUCUCAUUCUUUCACCAAUAAAACAUGGGAGCCAGAUUCUGAGGACAGCACCUCAAGAGAACCAUGUCAUUUAUGCAAACGUAGACCGAAGCAGAGUUCAAGGUGGCCCAGAGAGAAAACAGUCACUUAUAGGAUCUUCAGCAGACAUCUUGAAAUCAACUGUACAAGCAGUGAAGAAUUAUGGGAAUUACAGAAACUGCACAGUUGUGAGAUCUCAUAUUCCCCAUGCAAACUAUGGGACGUGUAUGACUCUGGCUCCAAAAAUUUUGGUGUUCCCUCUCUUUGUUCAGCCCUUAGAUUUGUGCAAUCCAGCAAGAACACUGGUCCUUUCAGAAAACAUACUUUUCUUUGAUGACAGAAGUAGACCACUCAAAGUCUGCAUUUUCAUCUAUACUGAUUUAAUGCUUUUGACUAAGGAGGAUGAACAGGGUCACUGCAGUGUUCUACAAAACCCUCUUUUCCUUCAGAAUAUGGAGCUGGAGGAAGGUGCAGCCGAAGACCUGCAGUUCUGCAUCACAUAUGCUGAGAAGUCACAGAGCAGUUUGAGUUUAGAGGCAUACUCAACAAAGCAAAAAAGGAAAGUGUGUCAGUGUUUAAUGGAGAACAUUAUCAAACAGAAGCAAGAACAAAGAUCAACAGCAACUGAAACAAUGAGCAAGAUGCUUGACCCAAAAUCAGAUGAACAGUCUGAGAUGCUGUCUGAGGAACAGGUCCCAAUUAGCCACCUCCAGCCAACUGGCAAAGAAGAUGCUGAAAAUGAGAGUGUCUCAAAAAAAGAACACAUUGCAGAAGAAGAAAAUAAAUCCACAGAGAAUGUGAAAGCGCAAGGAGAAAAGCCAAAUAUCAUUGAGUCACAGAAUCCUCGAAUGCCAUUCAAUAUACCUGUGGUCAGACUUGACAGAAGCUUUAGCCAAAGUGCUGAUGAGCUGCCAAUUUUACAGAUUGAUGGUGAUGAUAAUGAGGAUGAGGAAGAAGAGGAGGAGGAGGAGGAGGAGGAGGAUGAUGAUGACGAUGAAGAAUAUAGCGAUGAGUGUUAUUUGGACAGUUGUAAUUCUAAACGGCGCAGUAUGAUUGAAACAUCAGAUUGUGAGAAACGUUGUACACUCUCGAUUCAGAACUCACUACGACGUCGAACACACAGUGAGGGGAGCCUUCAGCAGGAACCUAAGGCUCAGUGCUUUAAAUCUGACAAUGCACUCAACUGUGUAGGAUAUGAUGGUCAGAAGACAAAGACGAACUGGGCCCCUCCCUCUCCAAAGACCCUCAAAAAAGAGCUAGCUAAUGUGAAAAAUGGUGGUUCCAUGCACCAACUGUGCCUCAUCUUCUCUGGGCGUAAACUCUCUGGAGCAGAUUCUGACUGUAGCUUUGAUGAAACUGAUGAUGGCUCCAAGAAGAAAAAGACCAAGAAUUUGGCCAAAGAUAUGAAAAACCGCUUGGGAUUUCUACGACGGCGAAAUGAAUCUGGUGCCGGCAGCAAUGCUACAAAACUCGAUAAAGUCAUUAAAACUGUGAAGCCCUCAUCAGAGGAAGCUCUAAAAUGGGGAGAGUCUUUGGACAAGCUUCUUAUCCACAAAUAUGGUUUAGCAGCUUUUCGAGCCUUCUUACGCACUGAAUUCAGUGAAGAGAACCUUGAGUUCUGGCUGGCAUGUGAGGAUUACAAAAAAGCCAAGUCGCAAUCUAAAAUGAAUUCAAAGGCCAAGAAAAUUUUUGGGGAAUAUAUUGCCAUUCAAUCCUGUAAAGAGGUCAUUGAAGACAAGAGGCAGAACAGAGCCAAGCAAACUUCCCUGAUGGUAGACUGUGAGUAAAAGGUUACCUUCAAAAGCUCCAGGCAGUAAAAAAUUCAAUCCAUCUCUAUAGUGAAGUCACCAAACACCAUGCUAUCAAAUUCAGUGAAGUAAUAUAGCUAUUUAAACUAAAGAGGCCCUCAGAAUAUCUGAAGAGAAAAUAAUGAAGACAGCCUGCAUAGCAACAGUGUUACUCAUUUGCCUGGACUUCAAUCAAACUCCUUCAUGGCCUAAUUUUACUAUUUAUAACUCUGAUUUUAAACAGAGCUAAACCUGACAUCACAGGCUCUCAGUUCACAUAGCAGUAGAAAUAAUGGGAUAAGAAUAUUGACAACCAUCUGGUCAACACCUGGAAAAUCUACUCAAAAAUAACUACUGAAAUGCAAAAGCCAUAUUUCAAACAAGAAGAGAAGAUAUUUAUCUUACUGGGAGACAUUCUCAGCACAGCUAGUUGAUCUUGAAGGUGAAUCACAGAUCUGUUUAAAAUGUGGACCUUUUGAGUCUUUUUAUAUGCAAUUCAUGAUCCAUGUUAUAAUCUGUAAAAAGAUAUUUGUUCCCUCCCACUUUUAAUAUUUUCCCCUAGCGUUUAAGUGACAUCCAAAGUCAAGAAGGUGGGGAAGUGACCUUUUCUUUGGAAGUAAAAUUCUGAACUGGAAAUGCUGGAAACAGGAAUCAAGAAUGACCUUAUCUAAGCCAAUUUAAUAACUUGACUGACAUUCAGAGUCAUUGAGAACUUACUGUGGGGAAAUCAAUCUCCUUGUCCAGUUGGUGGCACCAACUGAAUUUGAGUUCCCUGCAACUUUAGGCGAGGUCACCUUCUAGUCUCCUUUACUGGCGAGUUUUAACUGGAGAGCAAGGGGAUGAAAAACACAAUAGAAAUGUGGAAUUAGACGAUUAGUAAAUUCCUAGCAAUAGAAAACCUGAGGCUCUGACUGUGUUGUGACCUUCUUCAGUUAAAUCAUGUGAAACCCGAUAGGAGCAACAUUCUCAUAAGCGGCCAAUUAUACUCAGUGUUGAGAAUAAUUUUGAUUGACACAGGCUAUUGCUAAAUUUCAACCUCUCAGAAAGCAAGUUGAUGGAUUAUAAACAUUUCCUUAGUUCUGAAUGCUUUAUAAAUAUUUAGUGUUUUGAUGUAAAUUUUAGCAAACUGUUGCAUUCCUUCUGACCAACUCUGAGAUCUUUAAAAAUGUUAAAUUAGCUAAAUGACAAAUUGUCACCUCAGCAACGAAACCAGCCAAGUCUUUCACUCAAAUAUAAAAUGUGCAAACAUUUGCAAGACCCAAUUAACAUUUAUUUCCAUAACAUUGGCAGAACAGCAUUCAAUUGACUGAGUCUCAAAAGACAUUUUCCCUUUGGUCUUUGCUGCAUCAUUGGUCUAUAUUUUCUGGAUACAUACACACGUCACACAUCACUCUUUUUGGUAUAUUAAAACUACUGGCCUUACUUUGACUUGUUGAAUUUGAGUGUUAAUGCAAGUAUCUCCGACAAAAGAGAAUCUAACCCUCGCCCCUUG